UAAUUUGAGCAGAGGGAUGUCAGAAACAAGAAAACAUCCCAACAUCCUGAUAACAGGAACUCCUGGUACUGGAAAGACAAAGUUAGCUACCAGACUAGCCGAGCUGACAAAUAUGAAGCACAUAAACAUUGGGAAAGUGGCUGAAGAAAAUGAAUGUUAUGACGGUUAUGACGAGAAUUUAGCCUGUAAAGUUCUAGAUGAGGACAAGAUCUUAAACUGCAUUGAGUCUGACAUGUCAAAAGGAAACAACAUUGUGGAUUAUCAUGGAUCUGACUUCUUCGACGAGGACUGGUUUGACAUAGUAUUCGUUUUGCGUGCGGAGAUUGAGGUUCUGAACAAAAGGCUGGAAGAACGGGGAUACAAUGAGGACAAGAUCAAGAAUAAUCUCGAAUCAGAAAUAUUUCAGGUGCUGUUGGAGGAAGCCUGGGACAGCUAUGACCCUGAUAUAGUACAACAACUUACCAGUAACAAUCUAGCAGAUGUAGAUACUAAUCUUCAAAGCGUCACAUCGUGGAUCAAGUCAUGGCACACCGAUAAUGACACUGAUGUUGAUAGAUAGAACUAUUUGAGUCAGGGUUAUUUUAGCUUUUAUAUUUUGCAACUGACGAGUUUUAUUAGAAAAAGUUUUAUUCUUUAAGCUUUUAAGUUAUUUGUUUUAUGAAAUGAUGUGAACUGCAAUUUUAAGGAUCUUUAUCAACAGAAUUCACAUUUCCCACACUUGUUUGAUACCUAGUAUCUACAUUCUACUGACAUAGUGCCAGUACUAUUAGUGGCAUAUGAUAUACGAGAAGCAAGAAUAAUCAGAACCUAAUAAUUUAGAAUAAAAGAUUAAAUGUGAUAAUGAGAGCAAUUAUUCUUGUGAUGAAAUCAUAAUACCAAUAUAUCUGUAAAUAUUUCACAAA